AUGUCGUUGACCUGGACUUCUUACAACCAAACACGCCACGAGCAUGUGGACAGCACAUUUCCCUUCGACGGUACCGACAUCUACAAAGCUUUCCAAAAAGAGGGCUAUCCAGUCAAAUGGCUGCACAGCACUACUGCUUUCACGCUGGGUAACGUGGUCAUCCGAGCACCUCAUAAGGAGGUCACCUGUAUCAGCUUAAGGAAAGACGACGCCCAGCUGCCAUAUGUCAGGACCAUUCUGCGCGGCAUCAGACAUCGCAUGGCGACGGAGAAGAACCUAGCUGAACUCCCUGCGAAGCUUGCAGAGGAGAAUCGGAAGAAGUUCGACGUUGGGGCAUUUCUAGAUCAAAGGCGAAGCCGGAAGGACGGCGCACCAAGCGAUCGCGAGCCGCUGCUGGACGGAAUACAAGACGUGUGCACCAACGCUUCCAAAGCCAGACUGGAGUUCGAGCAGGCUCUUCAUGAAUUGCACAUUCGGGAGCAAGGAUUAUUAUUGGAGGAAGAUGUUCCCAAGGUCUUGGGGACGCGUUCCAUCGCAGAGGACGAUGUCGAGGAGGACAUCCUUCUUCAAAACGUUCGCACGGCCUGGCAGGAGCGCAAGCAACAGUGUGAAGCUCGACUCGCAAAUCCUCAGCUCGUCAAAGCUUCUGAGGCCGCCUUCAAAAGUUUCCGAGCAGAUGUGAGGGAGCUAUCCAGAUGCCAUGUGAAGAAGCCAUCCAGAUCGCAUGCAAGGGUUGAGGCUUGGCUUGAUGGAUGCUAUGGGAAGCAAGAGGCCGCGCUUUCCCUCGAACAACAAUCCUGGCCAACUGAGCUGCUCCAGGACAUGCCAUGCUCGACUUCAAAACUCGCUCGUGCGCACGACUCCGUAUUCUCUUCGAGGGAGCAGCUGCAAAUUUUGGGCUUGUGA